UUUGAGGACCCUCCCUGCCUCAGAUUUACCAUCAGCAUGAAUCAAGAAAAGUUAGCCAAACUUCAGGCUCAGGUCCGGAUAGGGGGCAAGGGUACAGCUUGCAGAAAGAAGAAGGUGGUACAUAGAACAGCUACAGCUGAUGACAAAAAGCUUCAGAGUUCUCUUAAAAAAUUGGCUGGGAAUAAUAUAGCUGGUAUUGAAGAGGUAAACAUGAUUAAAGAUGAUGGAACAGUUAUUCACUUCAACAAUCCCAAGGUCCAAGCUUCCCUCUCUGCUAACACAUUUGCUAUUACUGGCCAUACAGAAGCCAAACCAAUCACAGAAAUGCUGCCUGGAAUAUUAAGUCAGCUUGGUGCCGACAGCUUAACAAGUCUUAGGAAAUUAGCUGAACAGUUCCCCAGGCAAGUGUUGGAUAGCAAAACCCCAAAGCCAGCAGACAUUGAUGAGGAAGAUGAUGAUGUUCCAGAUCUCGCAGAAAAUUUUGAUGAGGCAUCAAAGAAUGAAGCUAACUGAAAUCUUUUCUGGUUUUUGGAAGUUGGCAUGGACUAGAUUUAAC